GCGUCAUUCACGUGACGUGCGGGCUUGAUGGACGAUGGGCGUUCAGCCGCGGGCUGCAGUGCGGUACAGCCAGUCGCCCAUUGAUUUUUGAGUUAUUCUAAGGCGUGGGCGAGCGCCACAAGUUUAGGUUGGGCGCCUAGUAAUACAUUUGUUUCAGUAGUGAGGUCCCUCCACUGGCUGUGAAGAUGGGGGGCCUUUUCCGCAGCGAGGAGAUGACUCUCUGCCAGCUGUUCCUUCAGUCCGAAGCGGCUUACGGCUGUGUGUCCGAGCUAGGCGAGUUGGGCUUGGUCCAGUUCCGAGAUCUCAACCCUGACGUCAACGCUUUUCAACGGAAGUUCGUCAAUGAAGUUCGUCGCUGCGAUGAAAUGGAGCGAAAGCUACGAUUUCUGGAGAAGGAGAUCAAAAAAGAUGGGAUCCCCAUGCUGGACAUUGGCGACAACCCAGAGGCGCCACAACCUCGAGAGAUGAUCGACUUGGAGGCCACAUUUGAGAAGCUAGAGAAUGAACUGAAAGAGGUGAACACUAAUGCCGAAGCUCUGAAGAAGACCUACCUCGAGCUCACUGAGCUGAAGCAUAUUCUGCGUAAAACUCAGGCAUUCUUUGAUGAGGCGGGAUUUCAUCACCGUGCACAGAUGCACGACCCGAGCGCCCAGGAAGAGCACGUCAUGCUGCUGGGAGACGAGGGCCUCAGGGCUGGCGGACAGGCCCUCAGGCUCGGGUUUGUGGCCGGUGUGGUGCUGCGGGAGCGGCUGCCAUCCUUCGAGCGCAUGCUGUGGCGCGUGUGCCGUGGGAACGUGUUCCUCCGCCAGGCGGCCAUCGAAACCCCUCUGGAGGACCCCGUCACCGGUGACCAAGUGUACAAGACGGUCUUCAUCAUCUUCUUCCAAGGAGAGCAGCUGAAGACGCGAGUCAAGAAGAUUUGUGAAGGGUUCCGUGCAACACUCUACCCAUGCCCCGAGACUCCAGCAGAUAGACGCGAGAUGUCCAUUGGUGUGAUGACUCGCAUCGAAGACCUCAACACGGUGCUGGGCCAGACACAGGACCACCGUCACAGAGUGCUAGUGGCUGCGGCCAAGAACAUCAAGAACUGGUUCGUGAAGGUCCGCAAGAUCAAGGCCAUCUACCAUGCCCUGAACCUGUUCAACUUGGACGUGACACAGAAGUGCCUCAUUGCCGAGUGCUGGUGUGCCGUCUCUGACCUUGAGAAGAUCCAGAUGGCCCUGCACCGAGGCACGGAUCGUGGUGGCAACACAGUGCCGUCCAUCCUAAACCGCAUGGAGACCAAGGAGACCCCACCCACCUACAACCGCACCAACCGCUUCACUGUGGGAUUCCAGAACAUUGUUGAUGCCUAUGCUGUGCCAAGUUACAGGGAGGUGAAUCCAGCCCCGUUCACCAUCAUCACGUUUCCAUUCCUGUUCGCUGUGAUGUUUGGAGAUGCUGGCCAUGGUACUCUGAUGUUCCUGUUUGCACUAUGGAUGGUUCUCAAGGAGAAAGCCCUGCAGGCUCAAAAAUCUGACAAUGAGAUCUGGAACACAUUCUUUGGUGGUCGCUACAUCAUCCUGCUGAUGGGGAUCUUCAGCAUCUACACGGGAAUUAUCUACAAUGACACCUUCUCAAAGUCCUUCAACAUCUUUGGCUCAUCUUGGUUUGUCGUAAAGAAGACGACUUAUAAUGAGCACGAGCAGCUGGACCCAGUGGACAACUUCAUGGGAUCUCCAUACCCCUUUGGCGUGGACCCUGCAUGGCAGCUGGCUACCAACAAGAUUCCUUUCACAAACUCCUACAAGAUGAAGAUGUCCAUUGUGCUGGGUGUGUCGCAGAUGCUUUUCGGAGUUUUCCUCAGCCUCUGGAACCACAGGUUCUUCCGCAACAUGUCUAACGUGUGGUGCGAGUUUGUGCCUCAGCUGCUGUUCCUGUGCUCAAUCUUCGGCUACCUGGUGAUCAUCAUCUUCGCCAAGUGGACCAUCAACUUUGGAAAGGACACAUAUUGUGCUCCCAGCUUGUUGAUCACGCUCAUCAACAUGUUCCUCUUCUCCUAUCCAACUGAGCCUUGCUACCAGGCACAGUUCUACAACGGUCAGCAAGGCCUGCAAAGCUUCCUGGUCAUCUUGGCUGUGAUUUGUAUCCCGUGGAUCCUGCUUGCCAAGCCUUUAUAUUUGCGCCGCCAGCACCAGAUGGCAUUGAGAGCUGGGGGUGGCCAUUCAAACGCUCUGGGCGGUGCCACCAGCUCAGCUCAUGCCGGCCUCAAGGACACUGAAGACGGAACAGCGGCCAAUGCGAUGCCCGAGCAGCCCAAGACCGUCAGUGUUGGUGGCCACGGCGGUCAUGGCGACGAGUCUGGCGAGUUCAACUUUGGCGACACCUUCAUCAACCAGACGAUCCACACCAUCGAGUACUGCCUGGGUUCUGUGUCGCACACUGCUUCCUACCUUCGACUCUGGGCUCUGAGCUUGGCUCAUGCACAGCUGUCGGAGGUGCUGUGGACCAUGGUGCUGAAGAACGGCCUGAUGCCCAUCAGUGUGGUCGGGGGCUUCCUGAUGUACUUCACGUUUGCCGCCUGGGCAUUCCUCACCGUGGCCGUGCUGCUGAUCAUGGAAGGGCUGUCGGCCUUCCUGCACGCCCUGCGUCUGCACUGGGUGGAAUUCCAAAGCAAGUUUUACAAGGGAGAAGGGUACAUGUUUGUGCCAUUUUCAUUCGACACCAUCUUGGAGACUUCUGGUGCAGAAGACUAGACGUUGUCUUGAGAAUAUGCUAGUCAAGAAUAUGCCAAUUAUUAGAAAGAGACACGUACCAUUAGAAAAGCUUGCACAAAUGCAUUGCUGUCGUUCGUGGUAAUUUGCUAUUCCUAUGUUAAUAUACGUAAUCUUCCAUGCAACGUUAGAUCAGUAUUCGUUGUAAUUGUUAACGUGUGGUAUCAAAUAAAGUAUAAUCUGGAAACUCU